UGAAAGAGGGAGAGAGAGAAAGUGUGGCUUUGUUAUAUAAGAGAGGAUGAUGGUACUGAAAAUUGCCUCCUUAGUCCUUAACUUUCAUAAUUUCCUCCCUCAACCAUACUUGUAGAACCAACCAGCGUAAAAAAACAAUAAGCAGAGAAAAAAGAGAGAUAGAGGGAGAGAGUUAGGAUAUAUAGCAUUGGUCCUGUACUUCUUCUACAUCACAUAUGGCUAUAGAAGUGAGAAAGAAGACUUCAAUAACAGCAGCAACAACAGCAAUAUGGCUGGUCUCGUGGAGCCUUAUUAUGGCCUACAAUGUCAGUUUAGCAGAAAGAGUUUUGAAAGACCAAAAAUCUGAGAGUUUUGUUGCCAAAGAAAGGCAAGGAGUUAUGAAUAGUAUAAUCGAUUUCUUCCGGAACGAUGGAGAGCCUACUAAUGACCGUGUUUGGCCUGAAAUGAAGUUUGGUUGGAGAAUUGUAGUAGGGUCGAUUGUUGGAUUUUUUGGAGCUGCAUUGGGUAGUGUAGGCGGGGUUGGAGGUGGAGGAAUUUUUAUCCCUAUGCUCACUUUGGUCAUUGGUUUUGAUGCUAAGUCUUCCACAGCCCUUUCUAAGUGUAUGAUAAUGGGAGCAGCAGUAUCAACUGUAUACUACAACCUGAGAUUUAGACACCCAACACUAGACUUGCCAGUUAUAGAUUAUGAUCUGGCUUUGCUCUUCCAGCCUAUGCUAAUGCUAGGAAUAAGCAUUGGUGUUGCAUUUAAUGUCAUGUUUGCUGAUUGGAUGGUGACGGUUUUGCUUAUCAUCUUAUUUAUUGCUACAUCCACAAAAGCUUUAUUCAAAGGAAUAGAUACAUGGAAAAAGGAAACAAUUAUGAAAAAGGAAGCAGCUAAGAUGUUGGAAUCGGAUUCCUCUCCUGGCUAUGUUUCUGAAGAAGACUAUAAGUCACUACCAGCUGGUUCAGCUGAUCCACGAGAUGAGGAGGUCCCUUUACUAAAGAACAUCUAUUGGAAAGAAUUAUUAGUCCUUGUGUAUGUCUGGGUGGCUUUUCUCAUUGUUCAGAUUAUUAAGACAUACACUAAAACUUGCUCCAUACUGUACUGGGUUCUUAAUUCCUUGCAGGUGCCUAUUGCAAUUUCGGUUACGCUUUAUGAAGCCAUAUGCUUGUGCAAUGGAACUAGAGUGAUUUCAUCUAAGGGAAAGGAAAAUACAGAUUGGAUGAAGCUUCACAAGAUCUGCCUUUACUGUUCCUGCGGAAUAAUAGCUGGUAUAGUUAGUGGACUGCUUGGUCUAGGUGGUGGCUUCAUUUUGGGACCACUCUUUCUGGAGUUGGGAAUUCCUCCUCAGGUUGCUAGUGCUACAUCAACAUUUGCUAUGGUUUUCUCCUCCUCCAUGUCAGUGGUACAAUAUUACCUUCUAGAACGCUUCCCAGUACCUUAUGCUUCUUACUUUAUUUUGGUUGCAACCAUAGCUGCAUUAACUGGCCAGCAUGUGGUGAGAAAGAUAAUUGCUAUCUUCGGUCGAGCAUCCAUCAUAAUCUUUGUACUAGCAUUCACCAUUUUUUUGAGCGCAAUCAGUUUAGGUGGAGUGGGAAUUGAGAACAUGGUUGAGAAGAUGGAAAAUAAUGAGUAUAUGGGGUUUGCAAAUAUCUGCCAUGUCAAUCUUGGGGGUGUUUUUCCUACAUACAGAAGUGGAAGUUUUCUAUAGAUAACAUUUUGCAGACCAGUGAUGUGGUCACCUAUUUGUUCCUUUUUGAGAAAUUCCAGUGGCACACUGAUACUUUGUUGAACACGAUUUUUAUUAUUAGUUAAAAUUUUUAAAAAAAUCACAAAAUUAGGUGGAUUUCACUUCUUAUUUAACAAGUUCACUCAUGAUUUUGCAGUUUUCCAACAAACUUCAACUAGUAAUAGAGAUUGUGUUAAAAAAAAGUGUGUAGCACUCUUGCCCCUUUUUGUUCAAGUAAAUAAAUGAUAUUUUUUCCCCUCUGU